UCUCUUCUUUGGAACGUCUCCAGGGACCUCGCAGAGCCUUGACAGGAGCUUUUGUGUUAAUAUGACCCAGCAGAUGCAGAAUCUUCAGCUGACCCAGAGUAAGAAGGGGGCUGCUCCUGCCUCCCCUAACGCAGCCAAGCGCCUUUAUCGCAACCUCUCUGAAAAGCUCAAGGGAAGCCACUCUUCGUUCGAGGAUGCCUACUUCUUUGGCCGUUCAGAUCGCAUCCGUAAAGUCUCGAAUGUGCAGAACAGCGAGGCUCUUUUUGAAGCAGUGGAGCAGCAGGACCUGGAUGCUGUGCAAAUCCUGCUGUUCCAGUACACAGCAGAGGAGCUGGAUCUCAACACGCCCAAUAGCGAGGGUCUUACCCCGCUUGACAUCUCCAUCAUGACCAACAAUGUGCCCAUCGCCAAGCUGCUGCUCAAAGCAGGGGCCAAGGAGAGUCCACACUUUGUGAGCCAGGAGAGCCGCGAGGCUCAUCUCUCAGCACUGGUGCAGGAGGCUCAGAGGAGGGCGAGCGAGCUUUCGACACAGGUGAUGAGAGAGAGCCUCAGUCUAGACACCUCAGACAAGGAGAAGCAGCUCAAGGCCUGGGAGUGGAGGUGUAAGCUCUACAAGCGAAUGCGCACUGGUUUCGAGCAUGCACAGGUUCCAGAGGCUCCGUCAUCUGUGCAUCUAACUGUAAGCAGCAGCACAUCCCUCAUUGUCACGUUCCAGGAGCCGUCCAGCAUGAAUUCAGCUGUGGUUACAAAAUACAAAGUGGAGUGGAGCUGUCUGAAAGAUUUCUCUUUGUUAGCGGGAGAACAAAUCCUUGAGAAUCUUCAGUCUCUGAAGUACACAAUAUCAGCACUUACUACGGGAAUGAAAUACUACGUCCAGGUAUCUGCCUACAACAUGAAGGGCUGGGGACCAUUACAACCCUCUACACCUUCUUGUGCUAAUCCCUCCAACUGGAAGGAGAGCGAUGGUAGGGAGUCCCGGAGGAGAGGCCACAUUGAGGCCAUGGAGAGGCUGCUCCAGCAGGUCCGCGCCACACACCAGCACUACAGCUGUGGAGACCCAUCAAAGCUGCAGAACCCCAGUCGCAAGCAGUCAGUCUCAAGAAGUCUAAAACAUCUCUUUCAUUCCUCCACUAAAUUUGUCAAAUCUCUCAAAAGAGGGAUCUACAUAGCCGCAGUGUUUUAUCAUAAGGACUGUCUGCUGGUAACUAAUGAGGAUCAGUUACCCAUCGUGGAGGUGGAGGACUCCUACAGCAAUUCCCUCAUGCAGGACUUUCUGUGGUUUACCAAGCUUUCGUGUAUGUGGGAGGAUGUUCGAUGGCUAAGGCAGAGCAUGUCUAUUUCCACCUCCUCCUCAUCUACGCUGCAGUCCAGGCAGAAGAUGCUGGCAGCCGCCGGCCAUCUGCAGAACCUUUUGGGCACACACAAUUUGGGCCGGGUCCAUUAUGAGCCCAUUAAGGACCGGCAUGGCAACGUGCUGCUAGUGACGGUGAGGGAGAUGGAGAGCUUCUACUCUUUCUUCAAUGGGAAGUGGAUGCAGGUAUCCAAAUUGCAGAGCCAGAGGAAGUCUCUGUCUACUCCAGAGGAGCCCUACGCCCUGGACAUUCUACUCAUCACUAUACAGGACAUCUUGGCGUAUCAGCGGCGCAGUCAGCACCGUCUCGCUCCUGGUUUGUAUCUGGGCUACCUGAAGCUCAGCAGCUCUGUGGAUCAGAUCAAGGUGCUGGUUCCUCAACGUACACCCAGCAUGCUCUGCCAUGCCAAAAUACGAGACAACUGGAAUGUCUCCAGGGAAGAGUGGGAAUGGCUGAAUAGUCUGUCUGGCCCUGAGGAGGUGGAAAGAGCAGAUCAGGCAGCAGACUGCCACGCUCCCGUGCUCUUCUCCGAACUUCAGACAGCCAUUAAGAAUCUGCUGCGCCAGAUUAAUCUACCUCUUCACCAGGCCAAGCACUUCCGUCUCUACACACAGGAGGUGCUCGAGUUGGGUCACAAUGUGUCCUUUCUUCUGCUGCUGCCUGCCUCAGACGCUGUGUGCACUGCCCCGGGCCAGACCAAUCCCUACACACCCCACUCAGGCUUCCUCAACCUCCCUCUUCAAAUGUUUGAGCUCGUUCACUUCUGUGCAUACAAGGAGAAGUUUAUUAACCUGUACUGCCGUCUGUCCUCCGUGCUGGACUUGGAUGCCUUGAUCACCCAGCAGGCUUUGAGAGAAGCAAUCACUGACGCUGAACUCUCCAUUGCUAAACAGAGACACCAGCAUAUCCUUGACUACAUUCAGCAAAUGGAUGAAAUGUGGCGGGAUAUCCGAUGGAUCACUGAUGCCCUGCAGUAUGCCCGCUAUAAGCAGCCUUUGGGUGGAGUACCCAUUACAUGGCUGGUAGAUCCCAGCACAGAACCUGUAACACAAAAGUUUGACUCGACCUCCUCCAACACGGACUACCUGCCUACUCCUUCUCCCUCACCUGAGCUGAGAAGAAAGGCUACAAGUGAUUCUCAGCUAGUUUCAGAUGAAGAGGGCUGUUCUGAGGUCUUCCUUCCAACAGACAGCGACUACGACUCCAGUGAUGCUUUUAGCCCACGCGAUCUAGACCUGGUCUACUCUUCAGCCCAGGAUCUAUCCCAUCAGACUGUGCACGCACUAAGUGGUAGUGCCCCUGAUGUACUCCAAAUGCACGAGCUUAAACCCAGCGCCUGCUCUAUAGCCAUGCUUGAGACCGAGUCCUGCACUAAAGACCUAGAGGACCUGUCUCUAUCUAAUUACUCCAGCAAAUCGUCGGAGAAGACAUCCCGCUACAAGCGUAAGCUGGUCUCGAGGAGUCAGCCACAGAGAAGCUGCUUUAGUGGAUCACAUAGAUGGCUGAGGGCCCAGAGUGAGAACCAGACAACCACACUUUCAGAGGGGGUUUAUACCAGACAGAGUGAUCUGGACCUGCCUUUGGAGCUUCCUGUGUCUUUCCCAUACACUUCUUCCUAUAGCAUAGAUGAGUGGAAGAGGGCGAACAAGGAGAGCAAGCCCAACGUGCACAGAAUCUUUGUGGAGUCCUGCAGUACAACCUCACCCAAAAAAGACAGCACUCAGUGGCCGGAGGAGGAAGAAGAUGGGCAUGGGGGACCUGGUGUAACAGAGAAGACACCUCAGGAAAUGGACUCUGAUGACCAAACAAACGAGCAGGUUUCUGAAGUACUUAGCAGCACGCUCUAG